AUGCCACCCAAACGACAGGCACCUCCCACCCCUGAGCCGUCAGGUCGCCGACGGUCGACGCGCAUCAGCCUCUCGGGCCAAAAGAGCCAGUACUUUGAAGGCGACGAUUCGGAUGUAGACAUGGAUGAGCGGCCAGGAAAGCGUGCCAAGACAACUGCUUCGUCGGGCAGACGACGAAAUGGAGCGCGUCGACAGGUUGAUGACAGCGGCGACAGCGAUGCCGAUUCGUACAAAGAGGAAGAAGACGAUAGUGAUGAAGAGGAUGGCGACGACAACGAUGGCGGCGACGACGACGAUGAUGAUGACAAUGACGGUGGAGAUCGAAAGAGAGCGAAGAAGGGCGGACCUGCCAGCAGGUACAAGCAAGACGACGCCGACUCUGACGCCGACUCGGAUGCCGCUCCCAAGGUCACCUUCGUCCCGCACAAGAAGCUGCGCGACCUCGGCGGCGUUGAUUACGUCGACGAACGCGUCCACUUCGUGACGAUGGAUUUCCUCAAGGACCUAAAGGCCAACAACCGCCGCGAGUGGCUCAAGGACAACGACGCCGAGUUCCGCCGGGCGCAAAAGGACUGGCUGUCGUUUGUCGACACGCUCGGCCUCCGCCUCGCGUCCGACGCUGACGAGACCAUCCCUGAACUGCCGGCCAAGGAUGUCGUUUUCCGCAUCUACCGGGACGUGCGCUUCAGCAAAGACCAGCGGCCCUACAAGCCGCACUUCUCGGCGGCGUGGUCGCGCACGGGGAAAAAGGGUCCGUAUGCGUGCUACUAUGUGCACUGCGAACCGGGUUCGUGCUUUGCCGGCGGCGGCCUGUGGCACCCGGACAACGACUCGCUGCGGCUGCUGCAGGCGAGCAUUGACGAGCGGCCCCGUUGGUGGCGGCGGGUGCUUGUGGAGAAUGAUACGCUGCGGAAGACAUGGCUCAGGGGCGGGGCUGGCGUGUCGAUAGGCAAAGCCAACGAAAAAGCCAUCAAGAGGGCAUUUGCCAAGAGCAACGCGAACGGCGCUCUCAAGACGAAGCCGAUGGGCUAUAGUGCCGACCAUCGGGACAUUGAGCUCUUGAAACUGCGCAAUUUCACGAUGCACAAGAAGAUUCCUGACAGCAUGUUUACGGAUCCCGAUGGACAAGACCGGCUCAUUGAGCUGCUGAGUGCUCUGACACCCUUUGUGACACUUCUGAACCGCAUUGUCCGGCCGGACCCGGGCGAUGACUCUGACAGCGAAGAAGGCGACGGAAACGAGGCCGAGGAGGACGACGAGGAAGAAGAGGACGAGGGUGGCGAACAAGAGGAAGAGGACGAGGACGAGGACGAACUGGCUAUACCGGACUUUUGA